GUCCAACCAGAGUCCCUCUUUUGCUCCGUAGGAUCCUUCCCUUGUCUGCCUGUUUCAGUGAUUUCACUCCAGCGCUUCCACCGUAUCCGUGCUAUUUUCAAGGCGUUGUUCUACACUCUGCCUCAAGCCUAUGAUAGCACGCAUACAUCAGCCUCACUGAGCAAGCCCCCAGAGUCUGGAUUCUCAAUCGGCAUGUCAACCUUUCUUGACACUGCAGAUUCCCUUAUCACUGUGCUGCAUGUGCGCCAAAUAAAUCUCGUAGUCAAGCUUUUACUUCAUGGACCAGGUCUAUGA